AUGCAGGAUGCCGAUGUACCCCUCUAUCUCCACGCAGAAUUUCUACCAAACAUCCGCCAGAUAACCCUUUACGUGUCACUUCCCGUGACUGCAAAAUUUGAUGGAAUCCGACCAGAUAUCCAACUUUCAGAAUCAAGAAAAGCAGUCACAGUCUCUCUAUCAAAACCAUUUGAAUAUGUCACAGAAACAAUCAAACUGCCAGCACGUGCUAGUGAAGAGUCUCGACGCACGUUGAGAACGACCUCUGGGCCAGCGUCAAAAUCAGACCCCAAUGGCACUGGCGAUCCCAGCUAUGAUUUUUCUUUCCGCAUGCAGGUCGAUCCCGACGAAGAGGCGCUGGCGUCUCGGGAUGAACUAAUAGAUGAAUUUGCACCCUGGACGGCCGAGGAAAUGUCGUCCUCGACUCGUAUUCGUUGUCGACAGUGUGAACAUGCUUUUCUCAAAUGCUCGUUAAUAUCCGAGUCGGUUAAUCAGGGAACAGGCGAAAGCCCUACCUCGGGAUGGACCUGGAAAGACCUUCCAAGUGGCAACUGGGCUGAAAUGAUGGAUUUCUGGCAUUGUCACAAACCUGACCCCCAUGAAGGCCACGAAAAAGACGAGAAAGACUCUGCGCUCGAGAUGGAGGAUCAAACCGCACAGACCAAAGGAUAUGGUGCGGAUAGCCACGUUGUGGCUAUUUCUGGGACGAUUUUUGUUGAUGUUGCCACUUUCCUUGUCGCUGAAAAAGACUGCAUAGGGUUGAAAAAGGACAAUGACGAAGAGCAAAAACCGAACAUUGAAGUCUCAACACAACGAACGCUCGACUGCGCAAACUGCAAUGCCAUAAUCGGCAUGGAAGAUCCAAUCGCCCAGGGAUGGCGACUGUUGAAGGCCAGCGUAUCCCUGAAUACCAGCUGUGAGGCAGACGUUGCGAAGUGGGAGGUCCACCCAACAGAAACAAUCGUUGCUGCACAGUUGCUGGAAUUGAUCGAGAGAGAAAGCGCCCGGCGAUUCGUCGUUCAUUGCGGCCAGAAGAGUGGUCUCGUGCUUUGGGUCUUCAAUCCAGACAUGCGAUACUCCAAUUCUAGCGCAGGAUGUAGUAUCAUGGCUCAACAAGCGAUGAAGGUAUUCUACCAAAAGUCUCCCGAUGUGGAUGAGUUGCUCCAUCCGGAAAUUGGGAAUCCGUCGCCCUUGUCGGUGGAAGAGUUGGAGUUGCCAUCCAUGAUAUUUGAAGCAAUGUCGCAAGCGUUGACUAAUAGUAAUGAGAUGCUCCCGCUCUCUGCUAGGAGGUUUAACGAGUGGCAUGUUGGGCUUUUGAGCCGUUACAGGCGCGAGAAAGCUUGA